AUGCGUCCCCAGAAGAAGAUUCCCCCGCCGACCGUGCCAACCGACACCAUCAUCCCGUUCCAUUACUGGGACGACGACCACCACACGCGAGGCCUUUCCUUCGACGUCACCUUCCGCUUCGAUGAUGUCCUGGACCCGCAAAAGCUUCGUCGCGCGCUCUCGCGACUCCUCGAACUCGGAAACUGGCGCAAGCUCGGGGCUCGCACCCGCCGGAACGCAGAGGGGGGACUAGAAUACCAUGUUCCUCAAUGCUUCGAUGACAAGCGACCGGGUUUUGUGUACUCCACAGACACAUAUGAUAUGAAGAUGGCGGAUCAUUCGCAAGCAUCACGCUUGGCUGACGCUCACCAUCUUGACGCCGCGGGUCGCCCCGCUGUCUUGGACGUCACAUAUACUGCUGCCCCGGAGUUCCGAUCGUUCAUCCGGACUGCAGGGUUCCCAGAUCGCCUGGAGGACUGGCUGUGUUCGGAUAGUCCUCAGCUGGGGAUUCGGGUCAUCGUUUUUCAGGACGCAACCCUCGUCACGGUUUCUUUCCUGCACAGCUUGAUGGACAUGAUGGGCUUGAAUGCUUUCCUCGACGCGUGGACCGCAGUGCUGCGGGGCCACGAAGACGAAGUGAAGCCGUUUGAAGGAUUCCUGGAGGAUCCGCUAGCCAAUCUAUCGGGGAUGAAGACGGCACCAGUGCAGAAGUACGUCUUCGCCGACAUACUGCUGAUCGGGUGGACUUGGUUCCUGUUCGCGCUGCGGUAUGUUUUCACAGUAGAGCUGUUCUGGAAGCACCGGGAGGAGGAACGGCUCAUAUUCCUACCCACGAAGCACCUCCAACGGAUGCGCAAGGCCGCAAUGGCGGAGCUCGCAUCGCAGCACACCAGCGACAGCAACAAACCCCCUUUCGUCAGUGAGGGCGAUAUUCUCUUCGCCUGGUGGACGCGUGUCGUUCUCCGCGCCGAGAAGCCCCGAUCUGGCCGCACCGUCAAUAUGCGUAACACUUAUUGUUGUCGGUCAAUUCUCGCCCAGCUGGGCCACAUCCCAUCGGCUGCUAGUGCCUUGGUCACGAAUGCCGUGUUUGCGACUCUGACUUUCCUGUCCGUUCGUCAGAUUCUGGAGGAGCCCUUGAGCGUCACGGCAUUGGAGGUCCGCAAGUCGCUGAUCCAGCAACGGAAUGCAAAACAGCUGCAGGCUCUAGAUGCCAUUCAGAGAGAUACGCUCGAUAACGCGCAUCAUCCAGCUCUUUUUGGAGACCCGGGCAUGUACAACAUGAUGAUAUCGAAUUGGGUCAAAGCUAGACUCUUUGAGGUUGAUUUUUCCGCCGCAGUCGUGAGAGAGGGUACGCCACGCGACAAACGGAGUAACGCGGUAGGUAGGCCAUCUAGUGUCCAGGGCACCGGGACGAAAGGAUACGCGACACGCAAUACCGGCGUUGUCAUUGGGAAAGAUGCUGUUGGUAAUUGCUGGCUGUUGUAUACGCUAGGGAAAGGGGCAUGGCCGGCCGUAGAGCAACAACUACGUUCCAUGUCUGAUGAAUAA